ACACUUUAGUAAUUGGAUAAGAGAAUUGUGGCCGUGGCGGCAAUGGCGAAAGCUGCCUUUCAUCUCCACCACCACCACCACCGUACUUUCCUCCUCCUACGUACCCAAACAAACCCCCUUCCCCACUCAAUUUCCAUCUCCGAUCACCGUUUUCUCCUCCACCUCCUCCUCUCCUCACCGCCGCUGCGCGUGAGCUGCAGCUCCCGCCGGUGGGACUCCAACGCCGAAUCCUACAACUCCAAGAACCUCAAUUUCGAAGACAACGAUGAAAGCCAAGGAUUUUAUGACAGCACUACGGACCAGUGGGAUGUUUUUGAUGAAUAUAUUGACAGCAUCUGGAUUUUUAAGGUUUUUUCGUCGUUCGGUUGGAUGCUUCCGAUUAUUAUAGGAUCGUUGCUAUUGGCGAAUGGUCUGAAAGCUUUUCUAUUGGCGUUAGCACUUCCUCUCGGACAAUCGACUUUUGCAUUCGCUAUACAAAAGUACCAAAAUCGGGGCAAGACAAAGACAAAGGCAAAGCCCGUUAAUACUAAGACCAAGAACCGAAGUUCACGUUCCUAUAAUAAAUCGAGGAAUUCGAAGUUGGAAGAAGUUGCGGAGUGGAUUGGUAGUGAAAGAUCCAGAAAGAAGAAGAACAAGAAAAGGAAUAAUAAUGGAUAUCAAUCUUGGGUUUUGAAAAACGAGGAUAAGUCGAUGAGUAGCAUCGAUAGAAGUCAAUCCGAUUUCGGCGGAUGGGAUGAGUUCGAUGAAGGGACGAGGUUUUACGAAGAAUCAUCUAGAAGGGAAUCUCGGGAAUCGAUUGGAUUGGAAGGGAAUCUUGUAGAGAAGAAGGAAAACAGGGGAUUGAGUGAAAGUUAUGGUCCUUCAUUGCUUAAGUUGUUGGUUUCGAUUUUUCCAUUUUUGAGCUCGUGGAUGAAAGUGCUAUAACGUUUUUUGUAAGCUAAUUGUUGGGGUACAUAAAUCACUACUUGUCUAUUUACAUGCAUAAAUUAUCGAGGAAAUUUUGUUGGAAGCCCCUCAAAAA